GUACCCGGCAGUCGCGCAAACGUGUUCGUAUUGGUCCGCAUUCACCGCUUACUGGAUCUCCGGCUUUUGCGGGGGCGGUGCAGCAUCAGCAACACCGAUGCUCGGGCUUUCCGCUCCCGGAGCAGGGACCUGGUAAUCAGUGCCGUUUCCGCGGCAGUAGCGGCUACCACGCGAUUUUACAUAACCCUUUUGACCCUAAUUUGUUUUAUUUCUUUUUUUUCCGUUUUGCGGAAUCCUCUCAUAUGAUUCCGUCCUUUUUCGUUGUUUUCAAUUUUUCAUUUUAGGCUCUAUAAUUACAAUUGUGCUUCGUGGAAUAGUGUUAUCGCUAAAAACAGGAUUGAAGUGAUUUUCCCGUAAUUUGGGGACAAAUUUUUACUGCGAUGAUCCAAAAUGUUUGAAGGAGCUUACUAAAUAAGAUUAAAGAGAUUUACUGAUCUGGAAAGGAUUACUGUUGAUGAUUCGAAUGAUGAUGCGAAAGGAAUACUGAUUAUGGUGAUUUGAAAGGAGUAAUGAUGAUUUGAAAGGAUUGACAAUUGAAAAGGAUUUAAUCUUGAAGAGGAAUAUUGAUAAUAGAAAAGGAUUGAUGAUGAAAGAAACCGGCGAUUGUUGGUAUGUUUAGGGAUUUGGCGAAAUGAUUCGCUAAGAGAAAAAGAGGACCUUUUGUCAUGUGACAAAAGUUAACAAGUGGGUGUUUUUUUGGUGUUAUUGUUAAGGAAUGAGAUCAACUUGUCGCGAGUCUUGAUAGUGAUUUUUGUCAGCGGUGCUGAUGGACAUCGGCGUAGGUGACGAUCGGCAGGAAUGAGUAGAGAAGGAACGGUAAUGCAGGAGCCGGAGGCCUAUGAGGAUAUGGAUAUGGCUACCGCGACGUCAGCAUCCUCGACAUUAAAGCCCCGCAGUGGGAAAAUAAGUUUUAGCGUUGAUUCGCUGUUGAGCAGUACGAAGAAGUCGCCGACGGCUGCGUUCGGCCGAAGGGACUCGGAGUCUGAUCGACUCGAGGCGGACAAGAAUUUUGAAAUGGAGGCGAGAUAUCGUGAAUUGCUCCUGGAGCAACAACGUCUUCAGAGUAGAGAACUUUUGGCGAGAUUGAGUCCUCAUGGUGUGGCGGCGUUUGGUCAUCAUCAUCAUCAUCAGAGGACGUCAAUGUCCGAGCAUCAUCGGCAGGAGAUGUUGACUGUUAAGGAUUUUUCGAGGACCAAUCAUGAUAAAUCAUCGUCGCCGAUCAGAAUUGAAUUGGAGCAGAGGGACCAGGACGAUGGGAGCGGUUGUGUCUCGCCGGAUAGUAGAAUUAAUAAUGAACUUAGUAGGCGGGAGAGGCAGGAGGAGGACAGGGUUUUAAAUCGAUCGGUGUCGCCAAUUCGAAGGGAGUUUGACGACAGGAGUGAUUCGGACGCGAAUCGAUCACUCGAGGGUGAUAGAACGACGGAUCAUCUCGAUGAGGAGCACGAGAUGAGAAGUGUGGGACAGAGCGAGGAUUUGAAUGUGAUGGACUCGGACUGUGAACUUGAGAGGGACUUAGAAUUGGGGAGUCAGGAGAAGGAGAAAUCAAGUCCCGUGGUUCCCCAACCAAUACACCCCGGGGUGCAAAGGUCCUCGGGGCCUUACCUUGGACACUCGGGGGGUCCCGGGUGGAAUCCCGCAGGAUUUCCGCAUUCACUUGCCGGGUUCGCGUGGCUACCCCCACCCCCACAUACGCACAAUCAUCAUGGACACCUUUACACGUCACAUGGAGGACCCACGAGUCCUAACGGUGAUUUAAGAUUGCCAGGUCCUGGACCCGGACCAGUGAGAUGUACAUUAAGAAAGCACAAACCUAAUCGAAAACCAAGAACACCUUUUACAACGCAACAAUUGCUUUCGUUAGAAAAAAAAUUUCGCGAGAAACAAUAUCUAACGAUAGCAGAGAGGGCGGAAUUUUCCUCUUCGCUUCACCUCACAGAAACGCAGGUGAAAAUAUGGUUUCAAAAUCGAAGAGCAAAGGCGAAACGAUUGCAGGAGGCGGAAAUUGAAAAAUUGAGGCUUUCGGCGAGGCCACUUUUGCAUCCGAGUUUUGGUUCGGGACUUAUGUUUUCGGGAGUCGUACCUCCAGGAACGCCGGGAGUUCCACCAUUUAUAGCGGCAGCAAUGGCAAGGCAUUCGCACGCUGCAGCUGCAGCGGCCAUGUUUAUGGGUCCUCCUGGACACAGACCUUGAGAAUUGAGGUCCACAGACCUUCAAAUAAAUAAGGUUUGAGAAACCGAUACAAAAAAGAAAAACAGAACAAAAACAAACGUGAUAAUAUAUAAAUUUACUUGUUAAUUUUCGAGGCUACACAUAGUUCGUGAUAAUUUUUUUUUCUAAGUGGAGUUUUCGCAUAUUUUUUCUCACAAUCUUCGAUAAACUAAAAGUUUCAAUUUCUUUUCGAAUUUAAAAUGUAAAAUUUCAAUUCUAUAGAUUUAUUUUUCUGAUAUUGAACGUCGAUUGAAACGCAUUUUAGAAAAUUGAUUAAAUAGAAAUAGAGACGAGAGCGCAAGCGCGGGAGUGAGAGAGGGGGCAAUGAGUGCGAGAAGGAAAGACUCUCGCACACGCGCUCCGCUCUCUAGAAAAAGCGAUUAUUACCUAUAGAAAAAAAUCGAUUUUUUUCAAAUUAAAAUCACCCCGAAGUGCAAUUUAUUCCACUUUAUUACCGCGCCAAACUAAAAAAAAAGAAAGAAAAGCAAAAACGAGUUUUGUAAUUUGCUUUUCGGUUAUAUGUGCGAAUAUUAUUACUGAAUUGCCACUUUCCUCAAUUUAUACGACUAUCAAAUGAGCAGUAUUAUCAAUUUAUGAACUGCAUACACUUUAAAGUGCGGAAGAAUAAAUUUUUCUUCAUUUUCAAUCUAUAAGGAGAGAAAGUAGAAUUUUUUCGAUAUCAAAUAUUUUGUUUUUUCCCUCUGGAAAUUAUAAAUAUAUUCGAAUAUUAAAGAGAAAGCAUAUUUUAAUGGCAAUUGCUUUACGCUUCCUUUGCGAUCUUUUAAGAAACUAUUAAUGAAUUUCUAAAUGAUUACAACUAUUUGUUUUUUGUUUCUUAAUUUUCAAUCGAAACUCCACUAAUAAUAAUGUAUGCCCAAAGAGACUGAAGACAAAUAAAAAAAAAUAAAAAUGAAAAACGAGUCGAACGAAUUUGUUUCUUUUUUUUUUAUUCUACACACUAAAAUGGUCUUUUAUGAUACCUGCAUGUGACUUUAAUACGGUUUUUAAUGUCCUGGUUAACGAAUGCAGUCUAACGAGUAAUGACUUCCACAGACUUGGACUUCCAUAAGACCAGCUGUGUUCGAUGAGAAAGUAUUUACGUCGCCUUGGUCGAUUGGACAGUCCCGCACACAUGUUUCAGGGUGAACACAAAAAUAUUAGGACUUAAAUUGUUUUCACGCAAAAUUUAUCGCCGCACAAUUUGAAAUAGAUUUAAAUUCUUUUUAUUUCCUUUCGGCAUUUUUUUUUCUCAAAACCUUCCGAGAAUGAAAAAUUACUGUUCUUUUUUGCACUUGCUCCCAGGAAAUAUUUUCAAAAAAAGAUUUUUUUUAUUUUUUGCUUUAUUGUAAAAACUUGCAAAAUUCGAAAUCGAAAAGAAAACAAAAUGGUCCUCUAAAAUAGUAAUUAUAAUGAUCAUGAAAGCAUUUACAAAAAAAAAGCAUUUGCGCUUGAUCUCUAAUGCAAAGUACAUGUAAAAUGUACAUAUGUAAAUAAAUUGUCUCUACGCUGAUUAUAAAAUAUAGUAAUAGAUUAUUAUUUGCAGGGUGGAAAAUUUUUCAUUUCUUUCGAAAGAAAAUAUAUUUCGAUUUAUUAUACCAAAAAUAGAUAAAUAUUUUUUUUUCUCCAUUAAAGGAAAAAUUUAAGAAAAAUAAAUUUUUUUUACCUCUUGUUUAAAAAAAGAAAAAUUGUUUUCGUCACAAAAUUCUUUUUUUUUAAACAUCCUGUAUAAUUUUCUUUUGUGUAUAUAUAAGUGUGUAUGUGUGCGUGAGGGAAAACAGAUAUGUAAAUUAUGUAUCUACAUGUAUGAUGAUUAAUGAACAGACAAAUACAAAAAUUGCAGGAAAGAUUAAUAAUAAUAAAAGAAAAAAAAAUUUUAUGAACAUUUCUUUCCUGUACAAAGCUCUGUAUAAAUGUAAACUGAUAAUUUAUCCAUGAAUGAUGUUAUAGUGAAAUAAAAGUGAUUUCAAUAUUUAA